AUGCAUCGUCUUAGCACUUCGAUUGCUUGCUGGGAAGAUGAAGCAGAUCUCACCGAGGACUCUGAAAAUGACGACGAGACCAGCGAAGAGUCGUCCGAAGAUUCAGGAUCUGACGAGGAAGUACCUACAGUAGCGGAAGUUCGAGCGGAGCAAGAGAUUGAGGGUGACUUUGACCGCCUCGUUCAAAACAUUCGCCUUCGGGAUGGAUCCGCGUCGUCUGGUACUAGCCUAUUGUCAAAAGACUGGGAUUUUGACUUGGCAGAACGAGAUCAAGAGUUCAAGGAUGAUCUACGGGAGGCCUCGGGAAUAGGAAGAAAGCGAAAGAAGAAGGGACGCUCUUCGGGUCCUGUUUUGUCUCAGCAAGUGAAGGCUCUCAUCGGCGAAGGUAAUCAGGCCUAUGUGGACAACAACAUUCCCGAGGCUAUUCGUAUCAUGCAAGAGGUUAUAAGAAUUGAGCCUCGAGCAGCUUCCGCGUGGUCAGUACUAGCACAAUGUUAUGAAGAUAUGAAGGAGGAUCAAAAGGCACUGCAACUUCGAAUCAUGGCUGCCCAUCUGAGCCAUGAUGCCGAAGAAUGGGAUCGCCUAGCGCGUCAAUCACGAGAACACGGAUACAAACAACAAGCACUGUAUUGCUAUCGCAAAGUUUACAGCUUAGACCCGACGAAUGUCCACGCACUCUGGGAUCGAGCAUCAUUGGCGAAGGAAAUGGGCGAUUUGCGGACGGCACGCAACGCGUUCCUGGGCAUCCUAAAGCGCGUUCCGCACGAUCUCAGUGUACUUCGUGAACUUCAUACCAUUCUCGUUGAACUCUCCGAUUUUCCCACUUGUGCAUCUCUCCUUCAAGAUGCUAUGGAUUUUUACAUGCAAACCUGCCCGUCGGGUUAUACAGACGGUAUAUCCGGAGGCUGCUUCUCCAAUAUGGAUUUGUUACUCCUUGCGGAUCUGUACAAUGUCAUGGGAGAGCAUGGGCGAGCUGUGGAAACAAUUCGUCGUGGUACUCGAUGGCUUCAGGGAAGGUCGGACCAGAAAUACUGGGACUUAUGCGAAGAUGACAGAGAGUAUGAUACGGAAGAGUGGCCACCUCGAGUUGUACCUGAUGAAGGUAAUGCUGUACCAGCAGGACACCAUGAUUUGGAUCCGAAUGCCAGACAUCGACUGGCUGUGGCACGAAUCAAAAUGGGAGAUAUCGAAGAAGGAAAGCUCCACGCCAACUGUGUACUUUCUGAAGAUGUUUUGGAUUAUUCAGUCUUGUUCGCAGAAAUUGCGGACGCAUAUUUCGAGCGUGGAAUGUUUGCUGAAGCAAAGCCUAUCUACGAGCUACUAGGCGGCAACCUGGCAACCACGAGUAUCUAUAUCUUACUGCAGACCGCGGCUUGCAUGAGAAACGUAGACGAACUACGGGAUGCGGCCGAAGUCUACGAACAAGUGCGACUUGCUGAUCCCACCAAUAAUGAUGCUAAGAUGAAGCUAGCUGAAAUAUACGAAAUUAUGAAUGAACCACGAAAAGCACUAGACCUCGUUUACGAAGUCAUCGAUUCGCGCAAAAAGAAGGGAAAAUCGACUGCAAGUAAUCAACCAGAAGAUCCAACCAAUGCAAGCGGGACCUCGCUAUUUGCUGAGGACAAAGUGACUUCAAAGACUAAAGGCACCUCAAAUCGCGCCGCGCGGUUGACGCACGCACAGUUGAAAGAGUUAGAGAUGCAAAAAGAGAAGGAGGUGGUGAGAGGGUAUCAACGUAUGCGGGCCAUUUGGGCUGCUAUGCUAGCCGACGAUCCAGACGCUGAACGAGAAUGGAUGAUGGAGGCUGAAAAAUUGGUAGACAUGUUCCGAGAAACAAGGAAUUUGUUUCUGACGAGCCGAAAUAACCCAUUUCGUGGCAUGUUUCCGCGCAGUCGGGCGCGGAAACAGCAAGUGGCAACUGAAGCAGACGAAGAACGAAUGGCGUCUCGUCUUCAACUUGAUCUUGAACGUGACAGUCUUGCACGUAAAUCAGCCAAAAGUGGUGAAAAAGUUGUCGGAGUGAAUAUUUUCCGCGGAAUAUCAUUUGAUGAUUGGUUGCGUAUUUUCAUGCAGUAUUGCUUUAUAUUGACGAGACGGGGACAAUACGAUACCGCUGAGGAAAUUCUUCGACACAUCAUGGUCUCAAAUGCGUAUCAAGCCAAAGAACGCCAGGACUCGAUACGCCUUGCUCUCAUCACAUGUGCUAUUGCCGGUGAACGCCAUGACAUCGUCGUGGAACAAGCCAGGAAGCUGAUAACGCAUCAUCAAUUCAAUAAUGAGCCAUUACGCAUACUUAUGUCAUCGCUUGCGAGCGGUUUGCGAAGCACAGAUGCGUUUAUCACUUCUACCCUGCAGAAACACCUUUUCCGCGAAAUGAAAUUAUCAGACACAGCAGCCAAAAAUCCUGAAAUAUUGAAGUGGAAUCCAUUGAAUAAGCGCUAUGCUCCUACAGGACAAAACAAAUCUGCAGAACCUGAGGAUGACGAUCAGGAAGAUGACGCUCCUAGUGUCGACGACGUUUCCGUGUUGAAUGACAGAUCCGGCCUGCCUGAAAUCCCUACUAAAGAGAACCCGGUGAUUGUUGCUAUCUACGGGCAGAUCUGCGUUGCGGCGAAGAGCUAUCAAAGCGCAAUUUUUUACUUGCUUCUGGCUUAUGACUACUGCCCCGAUGACCCCAUGAUUUGCUUGUGCCUAGCUAUUGCCUCAAUUGGACGUGCAAUGCAGCGGCAGUCCGACAACAGGCACCAUCUUGUCAUCCAGGCUAUGGCCUUCCUUUCCAAAUACCGAAAACUACGAGGGACCCAUGACGCCGGAGUACGAGAAGUAGAAUUUAACUUUGCUAGGACUUUUCAUCAGCUUGGCCUGUAUUCACAUGCAGUCAAGCACUAUGAACGCGUUCUUGAAAUGGCUGAGAGACACGGUGAUGACCUUUUCGCCCGGGAAUCUGCGUACAACUUGUCUUUGAUUUUCGUAUUCACGGGAGCUACUCCUCUAGCAGACGCCUUGUAUCGCAGAUGGCUCUCGGUUUAA